AUGAGUGAGAAGCUAUGGUGUUUGAAAGAAAACACUUCGUUGAUGGCAAACAGGUUUGUUUCAAUUUUUGUUGAAAUUUCUCAUUGUCAUUUUUCAGCAUUUUAUAGAGCGGCAUCAAUAUAAAGAAGUUUUACAGAAUAGAUAACUCUAUACCUUCUUUGGACACUGGAUUUUUUUGUCGAGGCGAGGUUUCUUGGAUUCAGACGGCAUUAACGAAUUCCACAAAUAAGAAAAACGUUCUGUGUAUGUAUAAUUUUUCUUGAUUUCUACGGUUUAGAAAAAUGCGUUGUGAUGACCUGUUUCUAUUUUCUAACAAUAUCCUUUAAAAAAGGUUGCCGUUUGAAGAAAUUUUUCAUUUGAAAUAUUUUGGUUAUACUUUUUAUUGACUUAUCAUAUUAUCCGUGUAGUUUCGUUGUUCAUCUAACACUCGCUUUAAUCAUUGUCCACUUCAGCGGCGUCAAAAAGCUGUUUCCGUGAUUUAAUUCAUCAUCAAUUACUCUCCGUUUCCGUCGAUUUAUUCUCGUUAGAACAAUUUCAAGAACCUUUUAAACAAGUUUAUUGGAAGGCGAAACAAAAUAACAGGUUAGCAAAACGUUGUGAGGAUGCUGAUGUAGACAGUAUAAAAGAGAGACUUCAUGAUAUUCCCUGAAAAGUAGUAUUGAUUACAUAAAGAAAAAAAAAAUUAACCUUGAAAAAUGUCAUGUUCGUUAAUGUAAAAUUUUCGUGGGGAACAAAAUAUAUUUACGAACUUUUUUUAGGAAAAAGUAAGUAUUAACUGAAAGGAUUCUUAGUUAUACACUGGAAGAACAGUUAAACCAAAAAAACAGAAAAAAAGAACAAAGGCGAAAAACUCACAAACCUUGGUAAUCGUCCGCGACUCGUUAUCUUCUCUCUCCAUUUCGAAAAAAAUCACUGCAGAAAUCCUGAAGUUCUUCAAUUCAGAAUGUGAACCGACUCCAUGAAAAAAACCUUUUUUUCAAGAUUGUUAAUAAUUCGAUAAAAUACUUCGCAGCACUCCGAAAAAUCGUGCUUCUAAAGGUUUCCACUGCAUUAAAAAGAAAAAAAGAAUGAAUGAAUUUGAGAAAAAAACCAUGAACUUUAGUGAAAAAUCGCUUCUUGUUGAUGUGAAACCCUCGACUUCUGAGUUUUUUUGAAAUUCUUGAAUCGUAUUUUUGCUUUGUCUGAAAAAGUAUCAUCAAUGAAUAAAUACAGUAAAAUUUUCACGGCACCGAAUCACAAGUAAAAAAAUUCAUAUUUUGCGACAAAUGAAUGAGCAACGAUCAACUUGAAGAAACUGUUGUUUGUGCGAAAAAAACACGAUUAUUGGUUCAAAUAAAAAUUCACAGAAGCAAAUAAUUUGCGAAAAACAUUAUAAAAAAACAGAAUAAGAAAAAGAAAAAAGGAAAUAAAAAAGCGGUGGCCGAAUUUUCCAAAUUGUCUCCCACAUUUGAAUUUUGGCUCGCCGCCAAAUAGCCGCGUCGCACACGCAACACCUCGCCCUUGCCAACCAGCUCAUAUCACCUUUCAAGUCGGGAAACAUUGACUAUACAAGAUGUGAGAAUUGUAAUCAGCGCUUUUGGUAGAGAUACUCAGAUCUCUGGAGAUUAUUUCUUAUCGAAACGAAACUCCAUUUUUUUGGUCUUUCCAGAAUUUCCUCAUUUAAGUCUGCACGCACGAGAAAAUAUUUCCGAAGCGCGGAAAAUUUCUCAACCAGUUCGAUAAAACAUUUCCAGUUAAUCUUUUCCUCCAGAAUCACACUGAAAUUGAGAAAUUUCGGUGUUAUUUUUUAACCUGAGAACAACGAUUUUUUUUUCAGAGAAAAAUUUUGUAAUCAGCGCUUUUUGUAGAGAUGAAGGAAACAAGGAAAUGGAAAAAAGUCUUGUAAAACAUUUUGGCAGGGUCGAUUCAAUAAACACUUAUCACGAUCAAAAAAACCUAGCCGGAUAAACACCAAAUAACAUGUUUCUCUAGCUGAAAAAGAAAAAAAUGACGAAAGAAGCCGGGCAAAAAUUUUUACUUUUACUGGGAAAGAAGAAAAACUGUUUUUUAUUAGUAUUUUUUAUUGAGAAACCCCGCUAAACUUUCGACUUUCCAGAAAAAAAGGGCAUUUUAAACUAUCUCUGUGACGCUAUUUACUGGAUGAAAACGAGAAAUAACGAGAAUAAUCAGAUGAGAGCUAGUCGGAUGUGGGUCUUCCGGCUCAAAAAGAUUAUCGCUAAAAAUCAUCUCGCAUCGAGAUAAAUGAAAAAGCACACCAGAACCUGAGAUUUCAUCAUCGUCUGGCCUGACUAGGGCAUGGUCUCCGCUCGACAACGAGUUGAGAAUUGAGAAUUUGUGGGUGGAUAGGGCUAGGUGAGAGUACUCGGAAUCAAGAAUAAAAUUCUGCUAAACCCCACAGUCGACCGAGCAAAAGCCCGUCGAAAGUUUUCCAGCGCGUAUAUGGCCGCGCUUCGGCCAGCAACUGGCGGCGUGGUGUAG